GCGGCUCGCCCCUCCACAUCCAUCAGAGAAGAGAGAGAGAGACGAGACGAGAGCGCAGGAGAGCUCAGAGAGUGUGUGGUGUGUGUUGAGCUUGCUGAAAGGGGAGCGGCAAUGUCGAAGGAGGUGAGCGAGGAGCCGGAGCACGCGCGGCCCAAGGACUACACGGACCCGCCGCCGGCGCCGCUGUUCGACGUCGGAGAGCUCCGGCUGUGGUCCUUCUACCGAGCGCUCAUCGCGGAGUUCAUCGCCACGCUCCUGUUCCUGUACAUCACGGUGGCCACCGUCAUCGGGUACAAGGUGCAGUCCUCCGCCGACCAGUGCGGCGGCGUCGGCACGCUCGGCAUCGCCUGGGCCUUCGGUGGCAUGAUCUUCAUCCUCGUCUACUGCACUGCCGGCAUCUCGGGAGGGCACAUCAACCCGGCGGUGACGUUCGGGUUGCUGCUGGCGAGGAAGGUGUCGGUGAUUCGCGCGGUGAUGUACAUCGUGGCGCAGUGCCUGGGCGGCAUCGUGGGCGUGGGCAUCGUCAAGGGCAUCAUGAAGCACCAGUACAACGCCAACGGCGGCGGCGCCAACGUGGUGGCCAGCGGCUACUCCAACGGCACCGCCCUCGGCGCCGAGAUCAUCGGCACCUUCGUCCUCGUCUACACCGUCUUCUCCGCCACCGACCCCAAGCGCAACGCCCGCGACUCCCACGUCCCGGUGCUCGCGCCGCUCCCCAUCGGGUUCGCCGUGUUCAUGGUGCACCUGGCCACCAUCCCCAUCACCGGCACCGGCAUCAACCCUGCCCGGAGCAUCGGCGCCGCCGUCAUCUACAACCAGAAGAAGGCAUGGGACGACCACUGGAUCUUCUGGGCGGGGCCGUUCAUCGGAGCACUGGCGGCGGCGGCGUACCACCAGUACAUCCUCCGCGCGGCGGCCAUCAAGGCGCUCGGUUCCUUCCGGAGCAACCCCAGCAACUGAGCUCUAGAUAGCUGCUUCUGCUGCUGCUGCUGCUGCUGGUGCUCCACCCUGGCCUGGCUGGACUUGGUCAUAUCGUCACCAUCAUCGUCGAUUUGCAUGUUCGAGUGAGAGUGAGUGAGUGAGAAGGGUGGGGGGCGUGCCAGCCAGGGUGCACGAUUUGUUUGUUUCUUCCAGCUUAAAUUAUCACCGUUGUAACUUGUUGUUAAUUAAACCGGUGGGGAUCUCUUUGUUGUAUGUACCUCGAUUAAUUAGUUUUUGCUUGUUGUAAUCAGUGUUAGACGCACAACAAUGUCAGUUCAGUCGAUCGGCUACCCUUUGUAAAACCGCUGUAAGAACUUCCACCAUUUGCCACGCAUCUGUUUGUUUCUUGGAUGAUGCUACUACUAGUGUGAGCAUCAGCCUGAUUCUGGUAUUAUUCAGUUGCUUUGUUAGCUUUAAUCA